CACAGACUGGACCAGGAGAGCUCAGAGGGUCCCAGUGGUCAGCCUGCCCAGCAGCAUCAAACCCACCUGGACUCCAUCUUUCGGGUACAAAGAUGGAAAGGAUAAACUAGUCGUCUUAAGAACUUUAGAAGACUUGGGAUCUGAGGACUUUGAUAAAUUUAAGUGGUACUGCAGCAGGAAGGAGCCCUCAACGACUUCCCAGCAAUCCCAAAGUGUAAACUGGAGAAUGCCAACAGGCAUGAAACAGUGGAUAUGAUGUUCCAGACCUACAGUACAAAGAUUAUUGAUGUAACCAGAAUAGUUUUAAAGGAGCUCGAUCAAAAUGAUCUGGCGGAGAAGUUACCGUGUCAUGGAGAAGUCAACACCCCAGAAGGUGCAGAGAUUCGUGCUGCGUGUCAGCAAAAACUCAAAUCUAAGCUAGACAGGAAGUUCCAGCGUGUGUUUGAGGGGAUUGCUAAAGAAGGAGACCAAACUGUUCUGGAUCAGAUGUUCACAGAGAUCUACCUCCUGAAGGGAGGGGCUGCAGGGGUCAAUGAUGAACAUGAGGUCAGACAGAUUGAAACAGCAUCCUGGAAACCAGACACACCAGAACCAACAAUAAGACAAGAAGACAUCUUUAAAACCCCACCUGGAAGAGAUGAACCAAUCAGAGCAGUGAUGACAAAGGGAGUGGCUGGCAUCGGGAAAACAGUCUUAACACAGAAGUUCACUCUGGACUGGGCUGAAGGCAAAGCCAACCAGGACAUCCAGUUCACAUUCCCAUUCACCUUCAGAGAGCUGAAUGUGCUGAAAGAGAGAAAGUUCAGCUUGGUGGAACUUGUUGAUUACUUCUUUAGUGAAACAAAAGAAGCAGGACUCAGCAGGUUUGAAGAGGUCCUGGUUCUCUUCAUCUUUGACGGUCUGGAUGAGUGUCGACCUCCUCUGGACUUCCUCAAUACUGAGAUCCUGACUGAUGUUACAGAGUCCACCUCAGUGGGUGUGCUGCUGACAAACCUCAUCAGGGGGAACUUGCUUCCCUCUGCUCGCCUCUGGAUAACCACACGACCUGCAGCAGCCAAUCAGAUGCCUGCUGAGUGUGUUGACAUGGUGACAGAGGUCAGAGGGUUCACUGACCCUCAGAAGGAGAAGUACUUCAGGAAGAGAUUCAGAGAUGAGGAGCAGGCCAGCAGAAUCAUCUCCCACAUCAAGAGAUCACGAAGCCUCCACAUCAUGUGCCACAUCCCAGUCUUCUGCUGGAUCACUGCUACAGUUCUGGAGAAGGUGUUGAAGACCAGAGAGGGAGGAGAGCUGCCCAAGACCCUGACUGAGAUGUACAUCCACUUCCUGGUGGUUCAGUCCAAACAGAAGAAUGUCAAGUAUGAUGGAGGAGCUGAGACAGAUCAAACCUGGAGUCCAGAGAGCAGGAAGAUGAUAGAGUCUCUGGGAAAACUGGCUUUUGAGCAGCUGCAGAAAGGCAACCUGAUCUUCUAUGAAUCAGACCUGACAGAGUGUGGCAUCGAUGUCACAGCAGCCUCAGUGGUCUCAGGAGUGUUCACACAGGUCUUUAAAGAGGAGAGUGGACUGUACCAGGACAAGGUGUUCAGCUUCGUCCAUCUGAGUGUUCAGGAGUUUCUGGCUGCUCUUCAUGUCCAUCUGACCUUCACCAACUCUGGAGUCAACCUGCUGGCAGAAGAACAAAAAACAUCCAAGCUUUCUAAAGUCUUCAGAGACAGACUAAAACAUCCCCACCAGAGAAAACCAAAAUCAUCAAAAAAGUUCUACAAGAGGGCUGUGGACAAGGCCUUACAGAGUCCAAAUGGACACCUGGACUUGUUCCUACGCUUCCUGCUGGGUCUUUCUCUGCAGACCAAUCAGAAUCUCCUACGAGGUCUGCUGACACAGAGAGGAAGUAGCUCAGAGACCAAUCAGGAAACAUUGGAGUACAUCAAGAAGAAGAUCAGUAAGGAUCUGUCUGCAGAGAGAAGCAUCAAUCUGUUUCACUGUCUGAAUGAACUGAAUGAUCGUUCUCUAGUGGAGCAGAUCCAGCGGUACCUGAGAUCAGGACGUCUCUCCAGAUAUAAACUGUCUCCUGCUGAGUGGUCAGCUCUGGUCUUCAUCUUACUGUCAUCAGAAGAAGAUCUGGACGUGUUUGACCUGAAGAAAUACUCUGCUUCAGAGGAGGCUCUUCUGAGGCUGCUGCCAGUGGUCAAAGCCUCCAAAAAAGCUCUGCUGAGUGGCUGUAACCUGUCAGAGAGAAGCUGUGAAGCUCUGUCCUCAGUUCUCAGCUCCCAGUCCUCUAGUCUGAGAGAGCUGGACCUGAGUAACAACAACCUGCAGGAUUCAGGAGGGAAGCUGAUCUCUGAUGGACUGAAGAGUCCACACUGCACUCUGGACCAUCUCAGGUCAGACCAACAACAAUAAUCUUUGAAAAAAAAAGUGUUUUAUUCAGAUUUAGAAUCACUUCAUAAAGAAUGAAAUAUGAACUGUGGCUGACAUCCAGAAAUAAUUCAUAUUUUAUUAUUAUCCGACUUUGAAUACUGGACCUUUGUUUAUUCCUGAUUAUACAUCAAGUAAAUCUGACCAGACAAUCUGAUUGGUCAACUAGACAUUUAGAACAUACUCAAAUCAGC